AUGGAAAUAGUUUCUUAUAUAUUUUGCGUGAUAGCUGUCACAUCAGGGACUGUAUCAGCGGCUCCCGGUCAUUCAUCACAAUACCUCCUCAAGCACGAGGGUCAUCAUCAUCUGAUCCACAUUAAUGAUGAUCACCACCACCACAGCCAUCAUGAUCAUCAACAUAUCGACUACUACACACAUCCCAAACACGAGUUCGAAUAUGAUGUAAAGGAUCCUUACAUGGGAGACCAUAAGGAGCUUCACGAGCAUCGAGACGGUGACACUGUGAAGGGACACUUGUUCUUACAUGAACCUGAUGGCACAGUCAGACAUGUGCAAUACCUCGCGGAUAAAAACAAUGGAUUCCACGCGGACAUGAAGCACAGUAGUACUCGUCACCAACGUCAUCAUCAUGUUCCUCACAACUCUGAGUACUGUCCUAACGCGAGGAAGACUGGGCACAAAACUCCUAUGGGAAUCGUCAACAGCCAAAUGAGCACUGAUAAGAUCUGCCUAGCCGCUGCCGUCAUCUGCGCCAUUAGCGUUUCGGCACAACACGAGCAUCAUCACCACGGCCACGCCUCCUCAUCACAGAGCAUCAAGCAGCACCACGGACACGCCACUGAGAAACACGUCGAGUACUAUGCUCACCCUAAGUACGAGUUCGCGUACAAAGUGGAGGACCCUCACACCGGCGACAAGAAGUCGCAGCACGAGGCGCGCGACGGCGACGUCGUGAAGGGCGUGUACAGUCUGCACGAGCCUGACGGUACCAUCAGGAUUGUGGAGUACCACGCUGACAAGAAGACCGGAUUCAACGCUAACGUGAGGCGUGAGGGUCACGCCAAGCACAUUGUUCCUGAACACCACCACCAUCAUUAG